AUUUAAAAUAUCAUAAUGGAAUUCGUAAAACAGCAUUAUGUUAUUUAGAAGGUUUUGGUGUAAAAAAAGAUGAGGAAAAAGCUUAUAUAUAUUCUAAAAAAUCUUUAGAAAAAUAUUAUUGA